AUGGGGUCUUCAAUGGUUGGCUGGCAAUCACCCCUCACAACGGCGAACAUAUACACUCCCUUCAUAUCAACGCCAACCACCCAACACCCAGCAACUACAUACGGGUUUGAUGCAAGGGUGAGGCUCAAGAUGUCGAUUCCAACCAUCGCCGUUUAUUGUGCUUUGGUGAUGGUGGUGCCCGCUCGUGCCAAGGCGCCUCUCCCCGGCACUUGA